UUUGUCCCGCUUUUGUUCAACAGUGGCCUCACGACGUCACAAACCACAGCCUUCCAAAAUAUGUCUCACGCAGCGAGACGUUAGUGAAAGCUGUAUUAUUUGCAUUAUUUGUCGAGAGGCUUGAAAAUCGGUGGCGAAAUAGUGUUUUAUUUCAUGAUCUAGAUUUUCUGCCAAUUGGUGUAGGCUUUCUAAAAUUUCGUGUGAUUGUAAUUUAUAUAUUGCACGUCCGAUAGUGGUAUUGCAUUUCUGAACUGAGGAAUUGCAGGACUUCUUUCAUUAUUUCUGUGGACGAUUAUCGUGAGUUCCGAAUACCUGAAACAUGCACACUUUUAUGUCAAGGGCAGUGUGAAGAAUUUAGGUCUCGUUGACCGAAAAUAAGUUAAAAAUGGUAAUUUUUUUAUGAUUGAAUUUGAUUUUUGGUUAUGUAAGACGUGUGGUUCCGAAUAUACCCGUUCUGAAGAAUUAAGUUGUUUGUUUUGUCAUUAAUGUGAUUCUGACGCAUUCACUGUCGCGUUUCAGCAUAAAUUGAAAUCUUCUCAAAGAGACAAGGUGAAGAAAUUUAUAGCUUUUACACAAACAGGCGAAAACACUGCCAUAUUUUGCUUGUCACAGAACGAUUGGAAAUUAGACUUGGCAUCCGACAACUAUUUCCAAAAUCCUGAUGUCUACUUCAGGGAACCAAAGGUGUCUGUUGACAAAAAGAAAUUGGAGCAACUAUUUACAAGAUAUAGAGAUCCCAGUGAGCCAGACAAGAUGACAGCUGAAGGAAUUAUGAAGUUUUUAGAAGAUUUAAAUUUAAGUCCAGAAUCUAAACUUGUCCUUAUCAUUGCAUGGAAAUUCCGAGCAGCAACCCAAUGUGAAUUUACUAAGGAUGAAUUUAUGAAUGGCAUGGUUGAAUUAGGUGCUGACAGUGUUGAGAAGCUGAAAGCAAGAUUACCAUCCUUAGAAUUGGAGCUUAAAGAUCCUUUAAGGUUUAAAGACUUUUACCACUUCACGUUUAAUUACGCGAAGAAUCCUGGCCAAAAAGGGUUAGAUCUUGAUAUGGCCAUUGCAUAUUGGAACAUAGUUCUACAGGGCAAGUUCCAGUUCUUAGAUUUAUGGUGCAAAUUUUUACAGGAACACCAUAAGCGGUCCAUCCCUAGAGACACAUGGAAUCUUUUGUUGGAUUUUGCUCUCAUGAUCAACGAUGAUAUGUCCAAUUAUGAUGAAGAAGGAGCCUGGCCUGUGCUUAUUGAUGACUUUGUUGAAUAUGCACAUCCUAUGGUGACCUCAAGCUGUGCUCCCCACUCCACGCAGGUUUAACCUAUCUGCAGCCCCCACCUGCUGGAUGCUGCUACCAACCUUUCUGCGUGAGCUGCCCAACUUGUCUAUUAAUUCUUAGCCUCUUUUGGAUUUUAUUUUCAUGAAAUUUUUUUCUAAUAAUAUUUUAUGUUAUUUUUCCUUUAUAUGCUAGUGAUGUCCCAUAGAUCAGGGAAUGUCAUGAAAAUAAUGAAGUUUUCAAUUUUUAAAGAAGUGUUUUCUUUAACUAAUUUUAUAACUGUGCUGUAUAAUUAGCUCAACGUGAAAAGUGAAUGGGAAGGUUUUGGUGCUUUAUGUACUACAAAUUAGUAGGAUGUCUUUUCUGCAUCAGAUGUGGAUAUAAGUUGUGUGUCCAGCAGUGUUAAGUUUAAAACAAAGAGGGUAUGUUGUAUAGGAAGGACUUUUAAUUCUUGUAGAUUUCUGUCAGCCUUGUUUAUGGGAAUGUUUGAAUCAUGUAAUAUAAUAAAGUGUUGUUUGUUUACUUGUUCAUUGAGUUAAUAUUUGGAUGCCCCUGUAAUUUGUAUUACAUAUUUGUGUUCUUUCUCAUCUUGCAGAUGUAGGGAGCUAGUCAUUUUGUCAUCGUGUAUAGAAAGAGCAACAGACUCCCUCAUGUUGCUGAGACUUAAAAUACCUUAUUUGUGAUGUGCUAAUUGAAGUGAAGCUUUGGAGUGCAUGUUAUUUUACAUUUGAUCUCCAAAAAAUCAGUUUUGUACUGUGUUUUAAGAUUGAAGAGCAUUACUCCUACAUAUUUCUAACACGAUUCCUGCAACAUUACAACUGUAAAAGAUCAUCAUAUUGCUGAUGUUACUCAUUGAGCCUGGACAGGAGAUGACACAAGUAGUGUUAUUUUUCAGGCAUUUGAUAUUAGAAUCAACUCAGAAAAAAAAUUAUUCGAAUAAAGUUGUUAACUUAUGAAACUUCUCAAAGAACAUUAUUGGUGCUGAAUGAUCAUUUUCAAUUCAAAGCAGCCUUGUGACAGAUUAAACAACUAAUUGUGGGUGCAUGUUCUUCAUUUUUGGUCAGUAUUACUGAAACAAGUGUUCGUCUAAUGUAAUACAAAGAUUUUCAUGACAUUCUUUGAAAACAUUUAAUGUGUGCUCCAAGUUUCACAGAGUGAUAAUAAUAAUAAUUUCUGCAUCGUUUGUUGAACCACUGCCACAGAAAACAUUUCUUCAUUAAUGUGCUCAGAACUUGAAGGUUGUGGAAAGCAAUUGUAUUCGUGAUUUUCGUGUGAUUGUUUUUUGUUUUGUUUUUGUUUUGCUUAUGAAAGACUCAGAGGUACUUUGCAUUUCUACAGAAGUUUAUAAUGAGCAUAUGUUAUCAGUUCAUUCAUAAUUAAAAAUAAAAUUAAUAGUUUUUAUAAAAAAAUCAUGAAUUUAUUUAGCUCUUCCUUCAGUUCUGAGUAGACCAGCAAGAAUUAGAGGCCUUUUCUUCCUACUGAUAUUUCAUUAUAAAAGCAGUGUGAAGUUGGUGGGUUUUGAAUACUUAAUAAGAAGAGAACUGUACUUCCACUGGAUUACAUCAUCUCCAGAAAAUUGAAUGCGUUGAUGUGAGAGUUCUCUUCUCGUUAGUUGUAUUAUCUUUUUGUUUGAUCCUUAGUUGUAAGCAUUGUGGGUACUUAUGGCUGUUAGAAAGAUAUUCUCAUUAAGGAAAGAUACUCAGAAAUUAUUAAUAUUAAAGUUCAAAAUAGAUCUACACACCUUGUUUUGCAUUUAAGAAAGACUUAUUUCUUGCUUAGUAAAGCAACUUCCAUUUAAAUAACCUGUUGUGAAUUUUCUGCUAAAAAGUAAAAUCUUAGCAAAUAAUCAAAAAGGCAGCUACAGUUAACUGGUUUCUAUAAUUGUAGAUAGUUUUCAACAUCUUCACAUUUGUUCUCUUGCUAAAUACUGCACUGUACAGUUAAUCUCCAUUGCUGUCUGUGGAAAUUGUAAGGUGCCUGACCAUUGGCAGUGGAAGCACAGUUUUGUGCUUAAUUACCUAACAAAGCUCACUUAUCAAAAAUCACACAAGUGGAUUUCCAAUUUAGUUCCGAGUAAUAUUAUAGGUAUCUUUGCCCUUAGUUUUCAUUGCUCUGAAACUUAUUAACUCACCUAAUUCAAUAUCACUUGACCUCAUGCAAACGGUUACUUCUAUAAAAAAGCUUUUGCUUGUCCACAAAAUUAAUGCAAGAAGAGAUAUUCUCUGUCCAGACAUUUAUGGCAGAAUUGGCUAGCUAUGUCCUCACGAUCGCAAUACUUUUCAUAAGUGCUUAAGCACUUCAAUGUAGUGAAUAGAAUAUUUGUGGAACAAAUGGAAAAAGCAGUCCUAAUGAACUAGGUAAUCUCCAUUUGGAACUACUUAGUGAUUUUUUUGAGAAUAAUGUUAAUGUUUGAAGAUUUAAAUCUUUCCAACACGGUUUCAUCAGCAGGUUAUAUUAGAAAUGGUGUGUAAAAUCCACCACUUAAGGAUUACUUGGGUACCAUUUUUGCAGAUUAGAGCAUGAAAGAGAACGGACCUAAAGUUGUGAUAAUAGCAGCAUCCAACAACUUGAGCAGAGGAUUUAGAAAUAACAUUUUCUGUCCUUUAUUUGCCAAGAAAAUUUUCAUUACUGACAUCGAUUUAAAUGAAAUAACUUGGAUAACAUUUGCCUGAGGAAGAGUUAUAUAUAAGAGAGUAAGACAGAUUAUCCUAGAACAGGAUAGCAGGUAAUGAUGUAGUGCACUUGGUGAGCAAGAUGUUAUUAUAUUAUGUGUACAUAUUGUAAAAAGUAAUAGCUAAAGAGGUAGUAGGUGUUCCAGUUAUUCUCUUUCUUCACUGAUGGACCCAUCAAUUUUUACACAAAUCCAUGGAAAGAUUAUACUAUAUGCAGUUACUGGAAGUGUGAGUUCAUUGUAUGUAUGUCAAUAAGUCUGUCUUCAGAAUUGAAGUGCUCAACUGCUUUCCAGGCUUCUUUACCUCUUAACAGAAAGACGAAUUGAAUGUUCUAGUGUGUUUGUGUGAGUGGUUCUAUACUUCUAUUUUCUGAAUGAGAAUUGUGUGUGUGUUGUUCAACUCUCAGGGCUGAGAGUGCCUGCUGAAUUAGUCAACAAAUCCUCAUUUUUUAUUUCUUCUAUGCUGGUGUUAGCAUAUGAUAAGUAAAACCAUAUGCAAUCUCAGUUCAUAUGAAGUUGUAAUACUCCAGAAGACGACAGCGUACAGGUUGUUGACCUGCUUGUGUUGAGCACAGUUUGAACGGUACCAUGCCAAGCAUGGCAAAACACUCAUGGAACGUGUAUAAAUUUGUAGUUAAGGAAUAAUUAUUUGAAAAUGAACACCCAUGACAACAUUACUUAUCUCAGCUGUUAUCUAAUGUACAAAGCACUUCACAGCUGCAAAAUGUAUUCUACCAUUAGAGAGCUUGUUUUUGUUAAUAAACUUGAAAGCAUUGGUAUGUAGAAUGCAUAAGUUAUUGUAUAAAUGAAACAUCCGUUCAGAGCGAAUGAAUCCAAUAAACUGUUUUAAUAAGCACUGGGUAUUAUUUUUAAUUUCAUGAUCAUCAUUACAAUGUCAUAUUGUGUAUUUGUUUCCAAUCUAUCCAGAUGGCAUUUCUCCUGCUUCAAAACAUUUGAAGUAGAGAUAACUCAGUUCAUAACAUUCAGGUCUUGCACCAUAACAUGACUGAAGAAGAGAGUUAUACCAUGCACAAAGCUGUUGAAGAUAGGCUGUCUGCACUUGAACAACCACUGCACCAUGAGCCUGAUGUUGGUGAGAAUCGAUGAGACUCACCCGGUCCUGGUCCUUCUGGAAGACGAGCAGCACGGAGCGGUUGUCGGCGAUGAGCACCACGUAGAGGUCGUGGCCGUGGCGGCGCGGCGGCGGGUUGCGCUCCCAGUCGGCCAGCGUCUCCGCCAGCUGCUCGAACAGCGACGCGCCCAGGUCCAUGAGGUACACCAGCGAGCGCCACUCGCACACGAACUUGGCCCGCGCGCCCGCCGCCGCGAUCGCCUCC